ACUUUCGAGUAACGGAAUCCUAGCAGCUUGCUGCUGCUAGUAUCUCAUUCUCGCCGCCGGAAGAACGGUUCCGCACCUCCGAUUCAACGUGUUUAAAGAUUUUACUACAUCUGCUGUUCAAUGAGCACUGGUAUUGCAUCUACAUCUUUUGUUCCAAUGGACGUUUCUGAGGCUGAAGAUGCAGAUAUAAAAAGUUGGAACACGUUAUUCAACGCUUUGAAAUCUUGUGGGAUUCUACACGGUGGUACUAUAAACCCCUCAGAAAUUGCAAUGGGACUUGAGUAUGAAGAAGCUAGAAAAGAGUCACUAGAACUGAAAAGUCAUCUCAAGAGCGUUAGAAAUAAGUGGGAACAACACCUGAUUACGUUGGCUGUUAUUCCUUUUGUCUCGUCUCUAGUGGUAGUAUAUAUUGUCCUUUUGUUUUAG